GGCUGUCCGACCAAGAUCAAGCCGGAUGGCGACCAGACACCCAGAAUUUGUCCUAGGUGUAACAACGUGUCUGUGACGAGCGCGAAGUCGAGAUUGUGGUUCGAGCUUUGCUGGAUCCCACUUAUCCCAAUGAAGUCCAAUCACAUCUGGAUGUGUUCCAUAUGCCAAUGGAACAUCCCGCUCCAAUCGAACUGGGAACCCGCACGCCCUGGCGGUAAUUUCCAGCCUGGAGGUCGGGGUGUCUUUCAACCCGGGCCCCAGUCUGGGAACAUAAACUUGCCUCCGAACAACUAUCAACCGGGAUACCAGCCAGGCUAUAUCAGCCAUGACCACCAUGCAGGCCAGAAGGGACCUGCUUCUCAGUAA